AUUUGAUUGCGAAUCGUCUUCGGAAGGUGAUGAACCUACCCUUCACGCCAUCUCGCGUGGACCCAACGAACCGCCCCAGUGGUUGAGGGGUGGUGCAACGCCAAACUGGGGGUGGCAGGCUGCUUGCAGCUCAGCAGCAGGAGCUGGCUCUUCCCAAACCGCUGCAUCCUUGGACCAAGCAGCUUUCCCGACGUUCUCUUCGAGCACGCCGGAAGACCUCCAGGUUCCUGGAAGAAGAACUCCUUUGGGUGCAGUCGGGCUGGGGGGCUUCUAUUUCCAAAGCGGGCAGCCUAACAUGUCGGUCGGCCAUGGACCACCAUCUGACGAGAAUAAUCCAGAGGCUGGAUGUUCCACUCAAGGAUCUAGGUCACAAGAGUCACGCAUGCAGAAUCCGCAGAACUCCAACUUAUCCAAAGGCAAGAAUAGACAAGGAAAAACUGUCAGACUGAACAUCAACGCCAGAGAAAGGAGGAGAAUGCAUGAUUUGAAUGAUGCCUUGGAUGAAUUAAGAUCAGUUAUACCGUACGCACACUCCCCCUCCGUCCGGAAGCUCUCCAAAAUAGCCACCCUCCUGCUGGCCAAGAACUACAUCCUCAUGCAGGCCAACGCCCUGGAAGAAAUGAAGCGCCUGAUCGCCUACCUGCAAGGCACUGCCGGAGCGACGGUCGGCUCGGCGAUAGUUGCGCCCCCAGGCUUCGACCUGCAAGGCUUUCCUGCUGCCGCCAAGUUCCUGCAGCAGCAGGAGAACGCGCGAAGCAACGUGGGCAGCGGUGGCGGAUCGGGGCCACCUGCUAUUUGAGAUAUACAGGUCGUGUCGUAGUCUGUUAGUUAAGGACUAGUAGUCAGGGGAAGAUUGAGAAGAAAAUCGGACCGUUUCUACUCAACAAUUUCAAAUUAAUGCACAUUUUUCACAUGAAAUAACAAGAAAAUAAUAACAUCGAUCUCAUUCACUCACUGCAGGAGCGAUUAUUGGCUCUGCGGUAGUAACGCCUUCAGGGUUUGACCUGCGAAGUUUCUCUGCUGCUGCCAAGUUCUUGCAGCAGCAGAAAAAUGCGAGGAGCCACGUGGGCAGUGGUGGUGGAUCGGGGCCACCUGCUAUUUGAGAUAUGAAGGUCGUGUCGUAGUCUAUUAGUUAAGGACUAGUAGUCAGGGGAAGAUUGAGAAAAAAAUCGGACCGUUUCUACUUAACAAACUCAUGUAAAUGCACAUUUAUAACAUGAAAUAACAGGAGAAUUAGAACAUCAAAAUCAUCCACUCACUGCUGGAGCGACGAUCGGCUCGGCGAUAUUGGCGCCUUCGGGGUUUGACCUGCGAAGUUUCUCUGCUGCUGCCAAGUUCUUGCAGCAGCAGGAAAGUGCGAGAAGCAACGUGAGCAGUGAUGAUGAAUCGGGGCCGCCUGCUGUUGGAAGUCUGAAGGUCGUGUCGUAGUCUGUUAGUUGAGGACUAGUAGUCAGGGGAAGAUUGAGAAGAAGAUCGGACCGUUUCUACUCAACAAUUUCAAAUUGAUGCACAUUUUCCACAUGAAACACCAGGAGAAUUAUAACAUCAAUAUCAUUCACUCACUGCCGGAGCGAUGGUCGGCUCGGCGAUUGUGGCGCCUUCGGGGUUUGACCUGCGAGGCUUUUCUGCUGGUGCGAAGUACUUGCUGCAGCAGCAGGAAAGCGCGAGAAGCAACGUGGGCAGUUAUGGUGGAUCGGGGCCGCCUGCUAUUGGAAGUCUGAAGGUCGUCUCGUCGUCUACGCCAUUCGACAUAGCGGAAAAUUCCGUUUCUGAUGACAUAGGACACGUUUUUUUCUAAAAUCUAUAUGACGACACUUUCAUUGAUCGAAUUGUCCUCAAGCGACCCAAUAAAAUAUUAGAUAAACGAAGCACUACGAUGACAUACUGAUGAAACACCUGAAUACUGCUGGAGUGAAUGUCGGCUCGGCGAUAGUAACGCCCUGGGCUUCGACCUGCAGAGCUUUUCUGCGGCCGCCAAGUUCCUGCAGCUGCAGAAGAACGGAACGAGCUGAGUGAAUGAGUCUGAUGUUAUUAUUUUCCUGUUAUUCCAUAUAUACAGCAUUUUAUUGAGCAUGAAAUGUUACAACUUUGCCCUAAUUUGACCUACUCAGGUUAUCGAGAAUCCCAUGCUUACCCACUAGCUUGUAACACCCUGUAGAAGUUAUUCAAUGGGUUAUUUUUCAUCGACAUUACUUCUUUUUUUCUCCUAUGACUACUAGACUUUAUAUUUAUAUUUGUACAAUAAUUAUUUCAAGUUAGGGUUUGCUCAAAUCUGUUCUAAUAUUGCCUUGUCUAUUUUAUGGGGUGAUGAAAACUACUACCUACAUACAUAAUAUGGUGUAAUAACUAAUGAUGAUGGAAGUAUUCCCAAGAACUCAAAACCUCCAAGAAUUCUAAAAAAAUCCAACACAUACCUCCUCUUCCUAUUAUAAUGCAUUACUUUCAUUUUUAUCAAUUAAUUAUUCAAUUAUUGCAAUCCAUCGUUAUUUCCAGCACUGGAAACACUUUUUAUAUUAUCAACUGAUUGAACACAUACGUAUGUAAGUGGCUCAAUACUCAAUUAUCCGAUUCACACACAAAUGACUCGAAAUCAAAAUGUUCAUUUUCGAUUUCCAGGUGACUAAUUUCAUCAAGAAUCAAUUUUGUCUUCUGAAACGUUCAUUUUUUAUUCACCUAAUAAUUCAGUGAAUAUACUUUCGAAAUCAUUGAAUAUCAUAUUCAUUGGAACUGCAUUGAAUUUUCAUGACCCCAUGAACAUGUCCCAAUCUAGUCAACGAGAAAUGCUUUUGAGUGUGACAUUUUUCACACUGAAAUGUAUGAUGCCCUGAGUAUAGGUAACAUAUAUGAUAAUUAUUAUGAAAUCGAUUGUGAUGGGUGAUGCAAUAGAGAAAUGUUCAGAUCAAUAAAGGGUGAGU